CACGCUCUUCGUGGGCUCGCGGCACGGCCUCGUGGAGCUGCGCCCCGGCGCGCGCACGGCGACCAGAGAAAUCUCCUUGAUUGCGGAGGGCUUUUUGCCGGAGGAUGGAAGUGGCUGCGUCGUGGGCCUGGAGGAGCUUCCAGAGCAGGAAUGUGUGUGUGUUGCCACAGCAGCUGGAGACAUCCUGCUGUGCAAUCUCAGCACGAAGGAGGUGGAAUGUGUUGGCACAGUGGACAGUGGUCUGAGCACAAUGAGCUGGAGUCCUGAUCAAGAGCUUGUCUUGCUUGUAACAGGUCAGCAAACCCUCAUUAUGAUGACAAGAGAUUUUGAGCCCAUUACAGAAAAGCAAUUCCACCAAAAUGAUUUUGGAGAAGAAAAGUUAGUUGCUCUUGGCUGGGGUAAAAAGGAGACACAGUUCCAUGGAUCAGAAGGAAAACAGGCAGCUCAUCGCAAGCAAACGGAAGUGCUACCUGCUUCAGCUUGGGAUGACAGAAGGCCUCGAGUGGCUUGGAGAGGAGACGGGCAGUUUGUUGCAGUGAGUGCUGUCUGUCCAGAGACAGGUGCUCGCAAGAUCCGCGUAUGGAACAGAGAACUUGUGCUGCAGUCAACAAGCGAGCCUGUCCCAGGAUUAGAACAAGCAUUAGCCUGGAAACCCUCUGGAAGCUUGAUGGCAUCCACACAAGAAAAACCCAACAGACACGAUGUUGUUUUCUUGGAAAAAAAUGGACUUCUUCAUGGAGAGUUCACCCUCCCCUUCCAGAAGGGGCAGGUUAAGAUUAAUGAACUGCUCUGGAACGCAGACUCUACGAUCCUGGCUAUAUGGCUGGAAGACCUUAAGAAGGAUGAGAACUGCAACCCAAACUGUUACGUUCAGCUAUGGACCACAGGAAACUAUCACUGGUACCUGAAGCAAAGCCUGCAUUUUGGCAACCUGGAGAAAAACCGCUUGGUAUCGCUGCUGUGGGACCCCAUAAUCCCAUAUCGACUGCACAUCCUGUGCCAGGGUUGGCACUACCUCUUCUAUGACUGGCAUUGGACCACAAACCACGGGAUGGGGGAGAGUAGCCAGCAUGUGGCAAACGUGGCUGUCAUAGAUGGAGACAAAGUACUUGUCACAGCAUUCCAGCACGCUGUGGUGCCCCCACCGAUGUGUACCUAUCAGCUCCAGGUCACACAGGCAGUGAAUCAGAUUGCCUUUCACACAGAUCCCAAGCACAGUGGGGACCUGGCUGUCCUCGAUGCUGGUAACAGGAUCACCUUGUAUAGAUACGGACAGGACACAGUGAAGGACUCCUCUGUCCGAUUAGGAGCUGUAGGUGGAAACGGAUUUAAAGCAGCUGUGGAAACACCAUCCCUGGAUAAAACAUACAGAGUUGAUGUGGGCAGCAUCACCGGUGAGGCGAUGAAUCCCCUGGGGCUUCGAUUUCUCACCUGGCUGCCAGAUGACAGCUUUCUGGUGGUUGGUCAGGAGCAACAUGCUGCUCGGUCUGUCCUUCACCAUCUGACUGCACCACCUCAUGUGGCUGGAGCUGAAGAGCAGUGCCUGGAUUUACGGCUGUCUGUGUCAGUAGAUGGAGAAGUGAUCAGUCUGUGUUGCAGCCCAGUGACCCGAACUGUAGCUCUACAGCUGGCUGAUGGGCAGGUUCUGAAGUACCUCUGGGAGGCUUCCACUCCACUCCUUGAGCCCUGGCAAACCAGGAACGGUUCUGCUGUUCGUUUCCCUCACCCUUGUGUGCAGACUUCUCUCACCAGAAUCAAUGGAGAAGAGGUGAUCUUAGGCCUUACAGAUCGAUGCCGAUUUUUUAUUAACGAUACUGAGGUAGCUUCCAACAUCACCUCAUUUGCAACAUACAAUGAGUUUUUGUUGGUGACAACCAACUCCCACACCUGUCAGUGCUUCUCUUUGAAGGACACCACAGUGAAAGCCCUUCAGACUGGCCUGAGCAGUGCUGUGGUGCCCAGCAGUGAGGUUGUGCGCAAUGUGGAGCGGGGCUCCCGCAUCGUCACCCUCGUGCCCCAGGACACCAAGGUUAUUCUGCAGAUGCCAAGAGGGAAUCUGGAAACCAUUCACCACCGAGCUCUAGUUCUUGCUCAAAUUCAGAAGUGGCUGAACAGGCUUAUGUUCUGGGAAGCAUUUCAAUGUAUGAGGAAGCUGAGAAUCAACCUCAAUCUUCUAUAUGAUCACAACCCCAAGGUAUUUCUGGAAAAUGUAGAAACCUUUAUCAAGCAAAUAGAUUCUGUGAAUUACAUCAACUUGUUUUUCACUGAACUGAAAGAAGAAGAUUUCACGAAGAGCAUGUACCCAUCUCUGAAUGGUAGCAGUAAUGCUCAGCCACAGCAGCAUUCAAAUCCAAAAAAAGUAAACCUCAUAUGUGAUGUGAUGAGAGCUGCCAUGGAACGCAUUGACCCUCAUAAAUACUGCCUGUCGAUACUGACAGCCUACGUAAAGAAAAGUCCUCCAGAGCUGGAAACUGCUCUCCAGAAAGUUCAUGACCUUCGAGAGAAUGUUUCCUCAGAUGCCAGAGCUGUGAGUGCAGAGGAAGCCCUGAAAUACCUGCUUUUCCUUGUGGACGUCAAUGAAUUGUAUGAUUAUUCCCUGGGGACGUACGAUUUUGAUUUAGUCAUCAUGGUGGCUGAAAAAUCACAAAAGGAUCCAAAAGAGUACUUGCCCUUCUUAAAUACCCUCCAGAAAAUGGAAACCAAUUAUCAGCGAUACACAAUAGACAGGCACUUGAAGAGAUAUACCAAAGCUCUUGGUCACCUUAGCAAGUGUGGUCCUGAGCACUUCUCUGAAUUUUUGAACUUGGUGAAGGAUCAGAAUCAGUAUCAGGAAGCUUUGAAGCUGUACCAACCCGGCAGCCAGGAGUACAAGGACAUCAGUGAUGCCUAUGGGGAUUACUUGAACCAGAAGCAGCUAUACGAACAGGCUGCAUUGAUAUUUGCUCGUGCUGGCAUCUUUGCCAAAGCGCUGGACUCCUUCCUGAGCAGUGGCAGCUGGCAGCAAGCCCUGUGCAUGGCUUCACGGCUUGGUUACACAGCAGAUAAGCUCUCCAGCCUGGCACAGAGCAUGGCAGUGAAACUGGUUGAACAGAGGAAGCAUGCAGAGGCAGCCUUACUUCUGGAGCAAUACACUCAGAACUAUGAAGAGGCUGUUCUCCUGCUCCUGGAAGGGGCUCUCUGGGAAGAGGCUUUAAGACUGAUUCACAAGUAUGGUAGGUUGGAUAUCUUGGAAACCAACUUCAAACCUGCUCUCCAAGAAGCUCAGAAAAGUCAGAUGAUGUUCCUGGAUUCUCAGAAAACAGCCUUCCUGCGCCAUAAGAGCCGACUGCAAGUAGUCCGAGAGCUGAAAGAGAAGGCCUGUGAGGGCCUGCAGGAUUAUGAAAUGCCAAAUUGCCCAGAAUUGGAUCUAAUCUCCGAAACCAGCAGUGUUGUGACAGCCAGUGACAUGAACAGCAAAUACUCACACAGCAAUUCAAGAAUAUCAGCCCGAUCCUCCAAGAACCGUCGCAAGGCCGAGCGCAAGAGGUACAGCCUGAAGGAGGGCAGCCCCUUUGAAGACGUGGCCCUUCUGGAAGCCCUAGGAGAAAGUAUCCGUGCGGUCGAGGCUGUGAAGGGAGAAAUACACGUCCUCCUGAAGCAGCUGGUGCUGUUUGGAUAUGAUGAGCAAGCUGGAGAACUGCAGCGAGUCCUGGAAGAGGUUUUGCACCUGAUGGAGACCUCGCUGCCUGAGAUCUGGAGUCCCGAGCUACUGCAGAGCCCCCUCAACCCGGUCCUGGGACCCAAUUCAACUGCAAACAGCAUUAUGGCUGCCUACCAGCAGAAGAGGAUGGUGCCUCCCGUUGUGCAAGAUCCAGAAUUACUCAUUCCACCAAAACUCAAUAAAAACAUCCAGUGGAAGCUGCACCUGCUACAGUAGUUAACAGCCAAGGAUUCCCAGUGGACUCUGAACUCUAGCUUUUCAUUUAAUUUCAUUACAUUUUUACAGAAAUCUGUGUUGUCCUGGCUUUCGUGAUGCCCUCACUGUUCUCGGGGUUGUGCAAACCUGGACAUCUGCUGACCUGGGUUAUUCCGUGGGCUGCAGGUUGUCAGUAGCAGGUUUUCAGCAAAGUCGCUUGCAGCAUCAGAAGGAAUCUUACUGCACUAAGGGCAGUGCUGCUUUGGAAAUGAGGUCUGUUGGCUCUAGGGUGGUCUUGGGUUCAUAGCAACGUACAAAAAGGAGGGGAAAUCAAUCCGUUUCAGAGCCUGCUGGGCAGCACUGCCCAAGUAAAUCUGACCUUGAAGCAAGUGGAGGUAACUUAGGCCGGUGUCAGCUCAGCAGCUGUCCUGGGAUUGCACUGUGAGCAGCUGGGAAGUGUUUCACCUGGAAACUGCCCUGACCUCACACCUGAGCAUUAGCUUUUACCCCAGAAUACUGCUGUAAAGGGAGGCAACAAGUUCUGGAGCUAGAACUUUCACAGGCUUCAGCCCCACUUCAUGCCACGUUAUUUUGUCCUGGCAGCUGUUGUGCCCCACACAAACCUCUUUGUGUGGCACUGGAAAGUGUCAGCACAAGGAGCUGAUUCCUGUCUCUUUCAGGUAGCUGCGCCUGUAGUUUCCAGGUGCUCCAUUUCUGUUAAUGUGUUUAUCUUGGUUCUUCUGUUUCUCCAUCGUGUGAUGGUUAAAGGAGAAGAACCUUUGGCCUUUCAAGGAUAGAUCAGUUGAAAUCUUUUGCUUUCCUCGUGGAAGAUGAAUUUCUCAAUCAUUUCUCUUGUAAGCCAUCUCUGAAUAGGUUCAUCUGUCUCUGUUUCGAGGGAGCUUUGACAGAGGAGCCUUAGAGCUGGAGCCAGCACCUAGUAAAUAGCUAGUAGCCCAUGAAGAACCACUCUGAGCAGCUUCUUUUACUGCUGAGCAUCAGGUUUGCUUAUUUGAAGGUGCUCUGCGUUACAUGUGCUUUUCAUUGAGCAGAGUGAUCCAGCAGUGUGCUGAAGCCACACUGUAAGUCAAGUCAGAGUUAGCAAAGCAGGGCAUUUGCCACAGUGUUGGGGACCAGGGUAUGGUCUUCAUGAUGUGUUCACUGUGCUGGGCACCCACAGUUGCCAGGAUCAAGGUAUGUGGGCUGAAACUAGUUCGAGACCACUGCCAUCUUGCCAUCUUCAAAAUACUUCUUAUUUCUCUUUUUAAACUCAAAGAAAUACAGUCAUGUAGCCAGACCUGCAUGGAGGUCUGGCCAGCUCAGAACACAGACAUUCACACUGCUUUGAAUAAGACAAAAACAAGGCAACUGCUUGAUGUGCUCAGCUGUGAUGCUGUCAGUUGAUGCCCCCAGCUGAUACCAUUAUCUGGACCUUAGUUUCUGUUUCAGUAGCAACAGGUUAACUUCGAUGGUAUUUCUACAGGAAUGCUCCUUGGCAUCCUCAGAGGUGCAUUUCACCAUGAAAUAUGCACUCCAUUAGCUGCUGUCGUGACAGGAAUGUGGAAUUUGCUUUCUGUGUUUUGU